AUCAUGAGAGUGCUUUCUCACCGGCACAGGCACGCUCUCUCCCGGAUGGAUGUUCCCAUUCUGGCGCCACGCACCUGAGCAUCUAAAAAGGGGGAUGAAAAAAAGGGGAGCUAUCAUGAUCAUCCCCCUUUGCGUACGAUCCAGUGAAGCAGCGGAGAGGCACCUUAAGCCCCCGGGGGGAGAAUCGGGAGCGAUCGUAGGCUCGCGAGUUUGGAAAAUGGCUCUCUUUUACUAGUGCACGGUAACGCUCCGAUCUCUUGUGCGUCGGAAGGUCGAACUUUCAACAAACAGCCGAACUUCUUCAGCGAGACCAUAAAAAGCCACCGGUUCAUCGUUGGCGAACCAUUGUUCAUGAUGCAUUCCGGGUGCUAGCAUCUUCUACCCUUCAGCUGCCGUAGUGUGACGUGCGUGUAUAUUGCGUGUGUAUGCGUUUGCCGACAUAUUCUGCCAUUUUACUGUGCUGGCUGAGUUUUGUUUGAUUAUUUUGGAACCUGUUCGUUUGUUUGUUUACUACCUUCACCAGUGUGUGAAGAAGGUGCAGUGUGCUCGUGUCCAUCGAUAUAUCGUGCGACAUUGUGCGUUUCGAGUGUUUCGAGUGUUUGCCCAAAAUCGCUGCCUUGCCAGGUGGAAGUGAAGAAUACGCACGCGUUGCAGUAUUUGUGGUGCAAUACGCUUCUUGACACUUCGUCGUGUGACAGCAGUGCAGAUUAUAAACCAAUCAUAAACACCUGUUUUGCGUACAGGGGAGAUCCAAGACAAACGGAAGAGUGAACAAGCUUUUUCAAUAACAAAAAAAACAGUGUUUAUUGGUGCAUCAGUGUGCAGUUGUGCAGAUAAUGGAACUGUGAUCUUCAUUGCAUCAACGUACAAAAGAACUUCAACCACGUGAGGCAACAUAUUUAGUUGCAACAUUCUGGAAGCCGAACAUCCAUAACAACAUCCAGUGUAAAGAAAGCAAUCCAGCUUUCUGCGGAGUUAUUAUACGCACAGAUUGUUCCGUAACAAACUAGGCAUCCAAAUACACCCAAAAAGGCAAAGAGAUGAAGUGGCGUCCCGCAAACUUACUGCUAUUUUCCGUCUGCUUCCUAGCGGUGGCCCAACAGGUCGUACAGGCCCGUGUCGCCUUCGAGAAGCUAACCGACUAUGACUUCCAGGGCACUACGUACUACAGUGUCAAGAACCUGUCGCUGUAUGAAUGUCAAGGUUGGUGCCGGGAAGAACCCGACUGUCAAGCAGCAGCAUUCAGCUUCGUUGUGAAUCCGCUGACACCUGCCCAGGAGACACUCUGUCAGCUUCAGAACGUGACGGCUGCAAACAACCCGGCCAGUACGCCACAGCGUUCCUCCAGCAUGUACUACAUGGUGAAGCUACAGCUUCGGUCCGAGAACGCAUGCCAGCGUCCUUGGAAUUUUGAGCGCGUCCCAAACAAGAUCAUUCGCGGGCUGGACAAUGCGCUCAUCUACACCAGCACGAAAGAAGCCUGUCUGUCGGCGUGCCUGAACGAGAAGCGUUUCAUCUGUCGCUCGGUCGAGUAUGAUUACAACAACAUGAAGUGUGUGCUGAGUGAUUCUGAUCGCCGAUCCGUCGGUCAGUUCGUUCAGCUCGUGGAUGCCCAGGGUGUCGACUAUUUCGAGAACCUUUGCUUAAAACCUAGCCAGGCGUGUAAAUUUAGCCGUCAGUUCCAGCUGCCACGUAUUGGCGUGUCCGAUGACAAAGUGUCCCAGUACGUUGGGCUCCACUACUACACCGACAAGGAACUACAGGUGACGUCCGAUACGGCAUGCAAGCUGGCCUGUGAAAUCGAGAGCGAAUUUCUAUGCCGUUCGUUCCUUUACCUUGGCCAACCAACCGGUUCGCAGUAUAACUGCAGACUGUACCAUCUCGAUCAUAAGUCACUACCCGAUGGACCCUCGACCUAUCUGAAUGGUGAACGACCCCUGAUCGAUGUCGGUGAACCGAGUGGCGAUUACUUUGAGAACAUUUGCGAAAAACAAUCGAACCAAGCUGAAAAUACGCUCCCAGUUGUAUUUGAUACCGUAGAGGAUCCGGCCGUCAACAACCUUACCCGAAAUGAUGCUAAUUGCGAUAAAACUGGAACUUGUUAUGAUGUGUCGGUUCACUGCAAGGACACACGUAUUGCUGUGCAAGUACGCACCAACAAACCAUUCAAUGGACGUAUUUACGCUUUGGGACGAUCGGAAACCUGUAAUAUUGACGUUAUCAAUUCCGACACCUUCCGGUUGGAUCUAACCAUGGGUGGACAGGAUUGUAAUACACAGAGCGCGACCGGCAUCUACAGUAACACCGUUGUUCUGCAGCACCACUCGGUCGUCAUGACAAAGGCGGACAAAAUCUACAAGGUCAAGUGUACGUACGAUAUGAGCUCGAAGAAUAUUUCCUUUGGCAUGUUACCGAUUCGUGAUCCGGAGAUGAUCCACAUCAACUCGUCGCCGGAAGCCCCACCGCCAAGGAUUCGCAUUCUGGAUGCGCGUGCACGCGAGGUAGAAACUGUACGCAUUGGAGACCGUCUGACGUUCCGCAUCGAAAUUCCGGAAGACACUCCAUACGGUAUCUUUGCACGAUCAUGCGUUGCCAUGGCAAAGGAUUCAAAGAGUACCUUCCAGAUCAUCGACGACGAUGGUUGUCCGGUCGAUCCGAGCAUCUUCCCCGCCUUCACCCAGGAUGGCAAUGCGCUGCAAUCGAUCUACGAAGCGUUCAGGUUCACCGAGAGCUACGGUGUGAUCUUCCAGUGUAAUGUGAAGUACUGUCUCGGACCGUGUGAACCGGCCGUUUGCGAGUGGGGACGCGAUUCAGUUGAAUCUUGGGGCAGAAAGCGUCGUUCCAUUACUUCCAGCAAUGACACCGUUGAAGAGGAAGAGGAUAUGAACAUCUCGCAGGAGAUCUUGGUGUUAGACUUUGGUGAUGAGAAGAAUCGUGACUUCCUGCGUAGCGAAGCCAGCACAGACUUUGGAAGAGAUAAGACCGUCACCAUCAUUGAACCAUGCCCAACGAAGACUUCCGUACUGGCACUCGCCGUCACUUGUGCACUGAUGGUGUUGGUCUACCUAUCGACCUUGUUCUGCUACUACAUGAAGAAGUGGAUGCAACCGCACAAAGUCAUGGCAUAGACUGGGAGCGCAGAAACCGUGGCCCUAAUACCAUAGGAUCUAGGCUCGAUGCCACUUCACCUUCGGUACAGGGAGACUGAGCCAAACUGAGCGUGGCAACGAUGGUAAAGCAGCCAGUCGGGAAAAAGAAAACAUGAACGAACGUAACACCAAUCGUAGCUAGAAUGGUACCGCGUUCGUGGCAACACUCUCCUUCCAUCCCAACAAUUACUAGUGACAAGCGUAGGAAAAAAAAGAAAAGUAUACCUCCCCUAGGGGGAAGGUUUUGGUUUUACUAUUUAUUAUGUAUUUCCAUUUUGUUUUUGAAAUUCGGAAACACAUCUCUAAUACCGAGCAAAAGCAAAGUAGAACUCACUUUCUUCAUGUUACGUAUCCCACCCUAGCAGUUAGAUUCAUCGAUAGUAAACUUCACAAAAAAAACACGCACACAGGCACACACAGGCACAUUGGAAUAGAAAGUUUGAAGUGAUUGAACGGUAACUUUUCUUCGGGACAGCUAGUAACUUUAAGCUUAAGUAGUACCAUUUGUACCACUUCUUACACCACACACUUACACGAUCCCCAGUACCGGAAUAAUGGCGGCGUUUGUGUAGUAACAGCAAAGCAGCGCCUACUCCUCCACAUAGAAACCAUCAUCAACUCAUCAUUGCUCAUCACAACCCCACAUUAUAACCAUCGUAGUAUCCAGGCUCUAGCCCGAGAUUAUUGGGUCGGAACAAUACAACGCAACACAGCAUACUAGGAUAAUUCGUAACUAGGGAAAGGAUGUCGAGGUAGAUAAUAGCAGUAGUAAUUGCGGUAUCAAUGCGCAUAGUAGCGCCAACUGGCGACACUCUCUUUAUACACACAACCUAUUCACACUUUCUAUUGAGUUUCCGAUUUGACGAUUUGAGCGGACAUCCCGGGGAGUAGACGGAGGUGGGUUUGUAAGAACCACACCACCAAGGUUUCGGGGGCCAGAAGGUAGAAGGGGAAUUAGUAAUUGUUUGUUUUUUUUUUUACUUUUGCUCCCGUAUGCCACGGCAUCGUUACAUGCAAGCAUACGGGCGCGUUUCGUACUGCAAAAGAUCUACCAGAGCCAGCCUCGGAUCGAACAAAUCGUUAACUUUAAAUAGAGAUUGGAAACAAUUAUUUAUUGAAAAACACACAAGACGCAUCAUACGAAACAUUCCCACUUCCCAUUACACUAACAUUAUUAAAGUUAUUUAUUUUGCGUAGAAAAGAAAAACGGACGAAAGUAUCGUUUAAAGGGUUUGUUUGGAUAGCACGAGAAAAGGAUUACGAAUUGCUGGAGGGAGAGCUGGUGUGAGCGUACAGUGAGAAAGAGAGAGAGAGAGAGAGAGUGAAUAUGGGGUGAUAGAAAUGGAGCGCGGGACGCGUGUAAAGCGGGGAGGUAAAGCAAAGUAGUAAUUUAUUUUAUAAUUAUAAUCCAUUAUCACACAUUCCCAUCUCGAACGGUUUUGUUUUAACAUCACUAUCCUUUCCAUAACGUCCAUACACACAGUGUCCGGGUUGUUUUACAGUGCAGUUUCGUGUAGCCACACAGUAGCCGGCCGCGCACAAUUCUAUAAAUAAUUACCCCCGAAAAUUACGCCAACCACAAAACCACUUUGAUUUAGUUUCCACUAGUUUCCUACACAUAGCGCGUAUACCUUUGAACUAUUUAACGAGCAAACACAGUAUCACAAAACCGACACGCAGAAACGUUUUCGUCGAUGAAUGCUUAUUUUAUGUGUAAAUAAUUUUAUCGAACGACAGUCCAUGCAGAUGCUGUAUGAUUGGAAUAAUAAAAGUAAAUAAAAACAGAGUAAAUUGAUUUGCUGAAUCUUUGUUAUAAAAAAAAAGCACCGAAACUAAAUAGUUGUAGCGAUCAGAGGAUCAGGUAUUGAGAAAGAAUGCAAACAAAAGAACCAAGUUAGCAACAAUUUUAAAACGCAUUAGCCUGGGGUUUGAC